AGAGCACUGAGCACUUCCCGCGCUCGCCCUAUACACAAUGGUGCAGGAGUUCCGGGUGCUCAGAUGCGGCUCCUGUCAGGUUUUCCAGGUGCACCAGGUUAAAAAGAGCGAGAAAUGGGCAUGCAAACUGUGCGGAGAGAAGCAGUCCCUGCUGAAGGUUUAUGGUCAAGGUUCAGGAGCAGACUGCAGGCACCACGUCCAGAAGCUGAACCUUCUACAAGGGCAGGUGGAGCAGGCGGCUACUGGUUCUGCCCGGAAAAGCUGCCAGAAUGUCAUUUCUCACGAUGAGGCUGAUGAUGAAACGAAACAAAGCCUUCUAAUGCCACAGGAACCAGCCCCCAUGAGUCACUGGAAUAAAUAUUUGGAAGAAAACGUUGAUGAAGAGGAGGAGGAGGAGGAUCGUGAUCACUACUACUCUCACCAGGAUUGUAAAUCAAGAACUGUCAGGAAACGUAUGCAUUUACCAUAUGAUGCAGGUGAUUUCUACAAGGACAAUAUCAAAGAAACUAUUUCAAAGAAGAAGAAAAUCUAUGAGGGUGAGAACCCAUCAGAAGCCUGCAAGUUUUCCUGCAGAAUAACAGAAGACCCAGGAUGCUUAGAAUGGCAGGACAACCCUAUAUCUCCUACAUCAACCCUGCAGACCAGCUCUGACACAUAUCUUCUUAUGAACAAAUCGGUGGGACGUUUUGAUCAGUCCACCAGCAGUACUUCCAGCUACCUGAAGAGGGAGCCCCAAACAGAUACCAUUUAUAAUCAUUCUGAGCUCAGAAAGAAGAUUGGGCCAAACUGGUCUGUAACCAGCAGCCAAUAUGUCCUGCCCAGUGAGGAUUCUCCUACAACAAGUAGAUUGUCUGCACAGAAGAUUUCCUCUCCAGGGUUGCUUCAGUCAGACAUGAUCCCUAAAACCAGCUCAUCGGUUUCUAUACAGAAACCAGUUAUUCAGUCUAAUCUUUUUAUGACCGAUGACGACUUUGAUGAUGACUAUUAAGAUCCAUGUACAGUACAAAUAUUUAUCUAUGUCCUAUAUGACCUAUUUUCUGUGAAAGCGGGAUCUCGCAUCCCUGCAUCAGAAACCCAUCUACUUCUAUAAACUGUUUUAUCUUCACAUGUCUUUACCAGUAUUCAUUCUGCAAUGUUUACUUGUUUUAUGUAUAUGUUAUUUUGAAUAGUUCCACUUAAUAAAAAUUUAAAU